CGCUUUGCCUGCGCCUGGCCUCCAGCAUCGACGUUUAAAGGCGCCGCACAGCCUCUUCGAAGGGGGUCGCAGCUAACUGCAAGGUUUGUUCCCCCGGGAUGCAGACAGACCACUCCGGACAGGACGUGCAGAAACUGCAUGUGGAAGAAGGGGGUGAGAAUCCUGGCCGAGGAACCUGGGCCAGUAAGAAAGAGUACAUUCUCUCUACCAUCGGCUAUGCUGUCGGUCUCGGAAACAUCUGGAGGUUUCCAUACUUGGCCUACAAGAAUGGAGGAGGAGCCUUUCUUAUACCUUACUUUGUGAUGUUGGUGCUCGCCGGGAUUCCUCUUUUCUUCCUGGAAAGCGCGUUGGGGCAGUUCUGCAGCCAAGGUCCCGUUCAUGUCUGGGGAGCGGUGCCGAUACUUCAAGGUGUUGGCGUUGCCAUGGUGCUGGUGACCCUGAUGGUGUCCAUCUACUACAACGUCAUCAUCGCCUACAGCCUCUACUACAUGUUGGCGUCCUUCCAGUCUCCUCUGCCGUGGUCCACUUGCGUGGAGUGGGCCGACAGCCACUGCAGCACGUCGCCAAAAGAGUAUUGCAACGUAAGUGGACUUUUAGUGGCCAAUUGGACUCAGGAGAACAUAAGUUGUCCUUCAUCCAGCAAGAUAAGAGUUCCAGUGCAGAGUCCCAGUGAGCAGUACUGGGAUCAUGUGACUCUACAGAGAUCCGCUAGUAUCGAGGAGACCGGUCCAGUCGUUUGGCACUUGGCUCUCUGUUUGCUGCUCAGCUCUAUCCUCGUUGCUGCAGCGCUUAUCAAAGGCAUCAAGUCGUCAGGAAAAGUCGUGUAUUUCACCGCCACCUUUCCAUACGUGGUGCUUGUGGUCUUGCUGAUCAGGGGGGUGACGCUGGAGGGAGCCAGAGAUGGGAUGGAGCUCUACGUCGGGUCCAGGUCUAACUUGACCAAGCUGACCGAGGCACAGGUGUGGAAAGACGCUGCGACUCAGACCUUCUACUCCUUGUCGGUUGGUUGGGGAGGAGUCGUGACUCUGGCCUCCUAUAGCAAAUUUCACAACAACGUGUUGAAGGAUGCCUUUGUUGUGACGCUCACUAAUGCAGGCACCAGUGUGCUGGCAGGCUGUGCCAUAUUCUCCAUUCUGGGUCACAUGGCUCAUGUUUACAAAAUGCCUGUUGAAGAUGUGGUGAAGGAAGGAUUUGGCUUAGCCUUCAUCGCCUAUGCAGACGCUCUGUCCAAACUCCCUGUUUCCUCCCUCUGGUCCUUUUUAUUCUUCUUCAUGCUGCUGACUGUCGGCCUGGACUCACAGUUUGGAGGAAUAGAAGUGGUCACAACCUGCCUGAUUGACUCCUUCCCUAAAGCCUUCACCUCCAAACAUGCCACGCUCACCAUGACCGCCAGUGGGUUUCUCUACCUGCUGGGUCUACCUUGUGUCACUCAGGCAGGAAUAUACUGGGUGACUCUCAUCGACCAGUUUGUGGCCAGUUGGGUUCUGCUCAUCCUGGCUCUCUUGGAGAUCCUGGGUGUGGUCUACAUUUAUGGUGGAAACCGUUUCAUUAUGGACGCAGAGAUGAUGCUUGGCCAGAAGAAUACCAGCUACUGGUUUUGGUGGAGAGUGUGCUGGUUCUUCAUUAGUCCCGGUGUCAUACUGGUGAUCCUGAUCUGGUCUCUGCUGACCUUCACGCCCCCCACUUAUGGCACAGUCCACUAUCCGGUCUGGGCUCUCGCUCUGGGAUGGUGCAUGGUCGCGUUCAUCCUGCUUUGGAUUCCUGCCAUUGCUGCAUGGAAGCUGAUAAAAGCGCAGGGGAAUGCAGCGGAGCGUGUGAAGUCACUGUGCUCGCCCUCGGAAAAAUGGCAUCCUUAUCUGGACGUCCAUCGUGGUGAGUGCUACUCAGAAGUAGACUGCGGCCGGGGGAAGAAUCACAGCAAGCGGACCACACCAGAACCAGAUGUAAAUGUCAUUUCCAGCUCAUGGUUGUGAUGUUUAAUCGGGACAAUUGUUCUCAGUAAGUCAUGUUUUUAACACAGCAGAAGAAACUAGUCUGUUUUCUAGGAAGGUAACUGGCCAAUAAAGCUGAUUCUGAAGACAA